AUUCGCACAUGGCCGUGAACACUCAGUCUGCCUGAAGAAGUCCAGAGGUGAAGAGACAAGUCUGAAGACCUGCCCCCAGUAGGCUGUUAACAACAACCGCGGGCUCGCUCGCACAUUUCCUGAAAAUUUGAAGCAACGUUGUAACCUUUACGUGUUGUUCUCAGUGUAUCUACCACAGUGGAUCAUUGUGUAACUGUAGGCUACAGUUUUGAUUCCAUUGCUUCGACGGAAAAAAACAAACAAACUAUGUCGACAUCACCAAGCAAAAGCUGUGCCAUCCCUACCCGGACCCUGCAACUGAAGGACUGGUCCCAGUUGCCCGACUGUUACAGCCAGACGCCCGGGGGGACCCUCUUCUCCACCACCCCUGGAGGCACACGUAUCAUAUAUGACAGGAAGUUCUUGCUGGACUGCAGAAACUCUCCAAUUGCUCGCACUCCGCCAUGCUGCCUGCCUCAGAUUCCGGGAGUAACCAUGCCCUCGCUGCACCCUCUCUCCAAACUCCAGGACCUGAAAGAAGAGUUGGAAGAGGAGAAGGAUCUGGCCGAUGACAGCCAGUUUGAGAUGGACAUGUGAGCUCCAGCUGCAGCCUCCUAUGGUGGGCGACGUUUGGUGUGAUGCCGUUUGGGAUUCCUUUGGAUCAGCAGGCAUUUAUAUUUCUUAUUUUUUUGUUGAAGCCAAAAAGGGAUACAUAACCCAGUGUGUGAAAGCACCCGUUUUCUGCUGUUGAUUAGUGGAGUUGGCUGGCUACAGGCAUGUUGAAAUGCUGCAGCAGAGAGGAAUUGAUGAGGAGGGCUGUCAUGUGUUUUUUUUUAAUGUACAUAUGGUACUUUGUAUAUUUUUUCAAAAUGAACAAUGUAAAAGAAUACAUAAAAAUGGUAGGGUGUAGUUUGGGGGGGGGGGGGGUUAUAAACAAACAGUAGAACUGUUCAUUUUUCUGCAAUGUUGUCCAUCUCAGAACUCUCUGAUUCAUUGCUCACGGUGAGUGGCCGAGGGGAGUAACACUCUUUCCCUAUGUUUGGGUUUUUGGAAAAGACAUUCAAAAACUUUAAAUAAAAAAAAAAAUGUAACAAUGUA